UGCGGAAACCUCCCCUCCUAUGGAUGUCGACUCAGCAGCUGUUAGGAAUGAGAUGGCAAUCUACCAGCAAGAAAGAGAUUUCUUCAAGCAGCAGUAUGAAAAUUUAAAGGCUAGUCUGGCUCAGCCAAUCCCUCAGGGAGAUGGUACUAAAGAAAUAGAUGUCAGUAAUGUUAUACGAGAGCGAGACAUCCUACAACAGGAACGAGAUUUCUUUAAAAACCACUACAAUGAAAUCUCUCGUAGAAUGGCUCAGGCAGCCAUAACAACACCUUCUGUGCCUCAGUCCAUUAAACAAGAAAUAGAAUCAUUAAUGGCAGAGAAACGAGGGGUUGUGAUAGCCAAGGCGGACUUGGAGGCAAAGGUAAGAAAUCUUACUGAAAAGCUGAGAGAAGUUGAGCAGGAAAAGAAUGAAAUUGACAACCACACAAGGGAGCUUCAUGCAGCCAUUGAAAAACUCCAAGAUGCUGCCACCCAGAGGUAUCCCCCAUCCACACAAGCCUUCAUCUCAGAGAUAAGAAAGGCUCGAGAUGCAGCCUUGUCAGACCUUGAUAAGGUGAAGAAGGAGCGAGAACUCCUCAGGGAAAAAUUGAGGAGCGCCACCUCCAGCCAGAUGCGAGAGAAGGCCACCUUGGAGGAGGAGGCGUCCAACCUCCGGCACCAGACGGAGGAGGGGGGGAGGGUCGCAACGGAACUGCAUCAGCGCCUGCAGUCCCAGGGCUCGCUCAUUGCAUCGCUGCAGGAUCAAGUGCAGGCCCUACAGGAUGCCCUCCAGCAGGCUAAUAAUGAACUAGGUCUGCAGGGCAAGCAGUCUGAUGAUAUGAAAAAACUCUUGGAAAGGAAGGUAGGGGAGAUCGGCGACACAGAGCACCAGCUGGAGUUCCGCCUGAGCCAGCUGUCGGCAGCGGAGAACCGAGUGUCGGACUUGGAGACUGAGCUGGACAGGGUGACGAAGGAGCUGGCGGUGGCGAGGGCAGACGGGGCAGCCCUGCGGGGGAAUGUCAGCCGUUUGGACCACGACAAAGAUCUCCUGACUACAGAGUUAGACACAAAGACCGAGCAAGUUCUACACCUGCGGGAGGAACUACGGAAGAAGGAGGCCACGAUAGCUCAGAUGGAGGGGAAUAUCACGAAGCUGGAGGGCAAGCUUGACGCGGCCAUGUCAGCUGUGGCGGCGGAGGAGCGGAAGUUCGAGAGCGAGGAGCGGCGGUGCGGGCGGCUGGAGCAGGACCUCGCCACGGUCACGCUGCAGAGGGACGGCGCCAACCAGGAGAUCAUUCGCUUGCAGAAGGAGAUCGCAGGCCUCACCCAGAGCUACAAGAGCCUGCGGGAGGAGCUCGAGAAGUGCCAAAUAUCGAAGGAUAACUUUAAGAAGAAGGCGCAGGAAUAUUGCAGGACGCUGGAAGAGCUGACGCAUAUCCUGUCCUCGAAGGACUCAGAACAGUCCAGCCUCAAGAAGCAGUACCUCAACCUCAACGAAGCGGUCUCGUCCCUCAAGUCCCUGAACCAGUCCCUCGAGGAGAGCAUCAACUCGCGCGAGAAGGAGAUGACGAAGAUGGAGGCGAUGAUGGCCAAGUUCAAGGAGGAGAGGGAGGAUAUAAUUAGUCAGAUGAUGGAGGCAAGCCAGAAGUGCGACCAACUCGAAGAAGCCUGUAAGAAACUUGAAGAGGAAAAAUACAACAUCGAGAAGGACCUCAUCAACACGCGGGACCUGGCGCAGAAACUGGACAUGAAGCGAGGCCAGGCUGAUGGGGAGGUGGCUAGACUCUCCACUAGUCUGGAGAAGGUGAUGUCACAGAAGCGUUCCUUGGAGCAGAGACUAGAGGCCAUUAGCAGCCAGUUGAACAGUGAACGGACCACAGUGAGGUCGAUGGAAGAAGUCCUUAAUGAUAAGCGCAGAUCCGAGUGGUCUCUUGAGGCCAAUAACAAGCAACUGGAGGUGGAAAAAGGCCAGCUACAGAGAAGGAUAUCAGAACUGCAAGCUCAACUGGAGGAUGAAAUGUCAGAGGGGAAGAGAUUUAGAAUGAGAACCACGCAGCUGGAAAGUGACCUGGAGAGACUUAGACGGGACCUGACGGAUGAAAGGUUUGAGAGAGAAAAGGCUUCACAGGAACUGCGACGGGUACAGAGAUUCCAAAACAUUAACCGUGCAUUAGAUGCCCUUGGAACAACACCUUCCCCCCCUGGGACUAAAGAGGGCUCACGACCCCCAGUCAAGGUGUUGCCUCCUGACCCCCACCCUACUCCAGUCUCCUCAUCAUUACCCAGUAGAGCCGACUCCCCACCGGCAGCAGAAUCACAAGGGGCGGCCCACUUAGAGCGGCGCCGUAGUUUUAGUAAAGCACAUGCAUCUCACCUCCACAGUUCCUCCUCAGACACAGGACUUGAGAGGAGCCAGGCUGUCUCCAGCAGCUCCGACUCCCACAAGGAGCCCUGGAGACUGGCAUUCGGGAGCACCUCCCAGCUGUCCCGGCGAGCAACUAGCCAGGAGUCCAUCCACCCAUCUCCCAUCACGUACAGACGGGCAACGGAGGACAGCCCCCUCACUAGAGUAGGAUCUACAGGGAGGCUAGCGACCUCCUCAAUCUCCUCACAAGCAGGAGCAACCCUCACAAGCUCACGUGACAGAGAUCUGGAUAGUAGAGAAAGCAUUCCGAGUGUGAGACCCAAAGACCCCAGCACAAGGUUGAGCAAGCAGGCCACUAGUGGUGGAGAGUCAGAUAGCUGGGGCUGAUGGGAAAAGUAAUAUGUGCUUCUUGGUAGUUUUUUAAAAUUUUGUUUUAUUUGUAUGUUUCUUUUUUAAUCAUCACCUGCAUACCUUAUUUUGUAGUAUAAGGUGGAGCUUUUGCACAAGUAUGAUUAGUUGAGAGCCAAAUUUGUAAAGAUAAACCAAGUGGGAUUAUACUCCUAUAUUUGUAGCAGUUGUCAACACCAGUAGCUUUAUAGAAGAGCUGACUUCCAUUAUAACUUAAGUAUAUUACCUGAUUUUAUUUAUUUUUUUAAUAUUUCAGGUUAAGAACAGAACUGUGAUAAGAUAAAUUUUAUUUGUAAAUCCAAUUUCUGAUGUCAGAUUUAUUCACCCUCACAAGAAACUCCCACUUAAAUUCUGCCUUAAGUUUUGUAAGGCCAUAAUUUUAUAGGGUAUUAUUUAAAAAAUUGAAAAAGAUAAAAUAAGCAAAGCAUAUGAAUAGCAGGCAAAAGAAAGUAACAGAAAAGACAAGUUAAAUACAAACAUCUUUCACAUUUAUUGUUGUUAGUUUUUCUGUGCUUUUCCAAAUCUCGUCUGCUUAGUUUACAACCCUCUAGAUACCUUGAAAUAUCUUGCAACACCAGUAAUCUCAAGUUUAACCCCAUUAGACCUUUUGUGUCUUAGGAACCUAAACCUCCUUUCAAAACCUUUCUGUUAUUGUAUUUUUGACAAAACUAUAAAAUAUUGAAGGGGCAAUCUCUAGGUAUGUAUUAUGGACAAUGGAAAGGAUUAAUAAAAAUUCAAGGUCUUCAGAAAUGCUCUCUAUCAUUAGCUUGCAUGGGUGUUUUAUUAUCUCAUUUUACAGAAUAGUAGUAAAAUAUAUAGGGAAAUGAGUCCUGUACUUGAUGUUUAUUCCCACUGUUGGAAAGGAAUCUCAUUUGGGCAUUCUCAUGAGUUGAGAUUAAAUCUUUUCAGUUUUCCUUUUCAAGUUGUCAUUGAUGUUUUCACUAAUUAAAUAUAAUGGUAUGAAAACAGCAUGCAAAUAAAGGUUUGUAUGGCAUUAAUUAGAUGUGUGUUGUACCUAUAAGAUUUUGGUGAUUUCAGGUUAUGCUAUCUUGUACUCUGCAAACAGCAAAACACACUUAAAGAUUAAGGAAGUACACUAAGUUAGACAUACAUUAUAAACAUGUUUUAACAGCCAAUUUCUCGUUUCUUUCUAGGUGCGCACAUUUCUCAUUUAAGGUAAUGGCAACUGUUAAGGUGCAGGGAAAUGUUGGCACCCCAAUCAUCUUCAGAUUAGGAAUAGCAUCACUCAACUAUUGUAAUGUUAAAUAUUUGUUUGUAUAUGGAGAGCUUUAUAUUCCAUAAUAAUACGGAAAGAUAUUUGUAAGGAAAGAGAAAUGUUUUGUUAGGAUAUAUAGGUGAAUGAUAUUGGGUAUUUAAACAGGGUAAUCUAUGGGAGUCGAAGUCAGACUUUGCAGCAUAAGACAUUUUAGAUAGGACUGGUGUCCUUGCUACCAGAUAUUUUUUCCUUUUUUUUUUAACACAAGUGACCAAUACACUCAUGUUAUUAUCAGAUAGGAAGAUGUGUUGAUUACCAGGCAAAGUAUGGUUAAAUGGAUAUAUUUUUGACAAGGUAAAAAAUGACAGAAGAGAAACCAUUUCAGAGCAUAUGUAUUCUAUAUUUUCACUGUAAACCUUCCUCUGUUAUGUGGAUGAAGACUUACUGGCAAAAUGUCUAAUAUAUUUUCUCUGUAAGAAUGUUCUCAUUUUAUCUGGAUUGUGAGAAUGAGGUUUAAACGAGUACUGAAUAUCACAAGGGAAAGACAAAUGGAAAGUAUUCAGUAAGUUUUGGAAUUAGUUUAGCAUUAGAUUUUGCAGAAAAGAAAAGCUUCAAUAGUGAGAUGUUAGAAGGAACACAUUCAGAGAAAUAUAUUAAAAAGAAAUUGUUGUAGAUUCCAAUUAUAUUUUUCACAGAAAGAUUUUGCUUUUACGUUCUUAUGCUAUUUUCUUUCUUUCAAACUUUCUUCAUUUUGUUGGUUGCUCGUUUGACUUCAAGAAAUUAGUUGUGUAUUGGAGAAUCACCAAUAAUCCUUUCUAUGAAGAGUUUUAUGGGCUGUGAGAUGCUAGAGUCACUGAUGCUGUUUAGCACUUGACUGUAUGGAUUAACCUGCUUCUUAGUAUAUGUAUAUAAGAAAACAUCCUUUAAAUUGCUAAUUACCAGGUUGAUAUACACUUCUGUAAUCACAGUCUUCUGUGUCAGUCUAUCUUGGUUAUAGAGGAAUAUAAUCAAAUCAUAGUCUGAAGGUCACAGUUGUUCCAUGCUUGUUACUUUUGUCAUAGUUAGGAGUUUACUUUGAAACUUUAUUUUCCUUGUAUGGUACAACUUGCCAUGGAUUAAUUAUAUUAAAACAGUAUGAGGAGCAAUGGUUGAUCGCCUGGGUUGUAAAUACGUUCAUAUAUUCUUGUUUUCAAAAUUCAGAUCAGGAAGUGGUCCUUGUUGAAUUUCACUUACCAUGCUGUAUGUAUUAUUUUAUUUCAUUAUAAUUUUUUUUUUUUCUUUCCCCAAAUGAUUUGAGCAUUUCCAACCACAGUGAGUAUAAAAUAGCUACAUUUAUGUGCAGUCAUCCAUAAACACACACACACAUAUAUGUAUAAAAUGUAUAUGGGGACAAAAAACAGUAGAUACUGAUUAAAUAUUGGCUUUCAAGAAUGUACUAUCCCAUCCUCAGACAUCCUAAUGGCUUUCCUUAAGGUGGUAUCUCUCUCAUUUCUUUCAGUUCAGUUUAUGCUCUUUAACAUUAACUUAUGCGAAGCUCUUUUAGCUUCAUGUAAAAAAAAAAAAAAAAAAAAAACUGAAUAACAGUCCUUCAACCCAAUCAUCAUGGAUGGCAAGAAUACAUGUCAUACCCACUGUAAUAUAAGUUUAUUUAUUGUAUUUACACAUAGAUGGCUCUACAAGUGCUUAAUCACCAAGGAAUUAGGGUCUUUUGUAUUAUUUCAUUGUCCUAAAUGUUACUACGCCUUUAAUAACAAAUAAGCAUAACACCAAUAACAAUAAUAACAGUAUUGAUAUCAAUUGUAAAAAAAAGAAAAACACAUUUUCCCACUGAUUCAAGGAAUGGGGAAAUCAGGAUUGGUCACUAGGGCCUACUGAUAGACUCCUUGCUAGUUGAGCACAUGUGGAGCCAUCUGUAUGUAACAAAAUUCACAAGAAACUACAGGGAACAGAACAAUACGUGGUGGGUUAAGAUGGUAUUUUCUAAAAUCAUACUAAUACAUGCUUUAUAUAACAAAAUGAAUGCUGAUUGUCACUGUCAUGGGAUGUAUAGUCAUUGGGUACAUUUAUUAUUGCGAACUAUCUGUAUAAUAUAUCAAAAGUUACAGAAGAUAUAUAUAAAAAGGCAAUAAGUCUGUCUAAAUGAUUUAUAAUAAUAUAUAUAUAAUGGUCAUUUUUUACAUACAGAUUUAAUCACAAGGGCCAUGCCUUGAUUAAGAAAAAAGAAAAAGAAAAAAAAUCAACUAUCAUGUGAUCAGGAUGGGUUGUUGGUUUUAGGUCCUGUUAUAUAAAUAUUCCCCUCCAUGAAACAAACAUUUUUAUUCGUACAUCAUUGUUUGCAGCACAGUAGUAUAUUACUGACAGUUUAAUUCAAUUAUUUAUGUGUUUUAUUUCAGUCAUGAGUCAUAGAUUACAAAAGACAUUAGGUUGUAAUAAUGUGAUAAAGAAAUGAAAAAAAAGAGACAAAGGCAGUUUUAUUGGUUUAAGCAUUUUUUUGUUCAGAUGUAAUUUUGGGUUGCCAUAUAUACAUGUUUGCUUGCUAGCAGAAGUCAGCAAAUAUAAUGGUCACUUGCUAACAGUACUGAAUGUUAAAAAUAACAGACAUAUUUAUUUACAGAGUGAGGACUAAGGACAACAUAAUAGUUUCAAAACUUAGUCUUUUGUGAAUUUAGGCUCUUGCAUCGAUUUUCAGUAUUGAAAUGUUUAUUGCUACUUCUUACAUUUAUUACAACAAAAGUGCACUACCAUCAUUGCAACCACAAUUUAAUUACUUGAUAGUGGACAUUAGUUAUUUACUUUUUUCAAAGUUAUAUUACCCUUGUGUUUCUUGCAAUUACAGUGAUCUCUAUUUGCUGGCUUUAUUUUAUUUAAAUAAAGUAUAGAAAUAGUCCAUGGGUCCUUAGAUAUAUGAAUCAGUCGGUUAACUUUGAUGAAAUUCUAAAAGAAAGAUAGCAAUUUCAAGUAAUUGUAGUAAUUUUGUUAGUUUUAUGCAUUAUUUGUCUUUAAUUUUUCAGCAUAUGUAAUGUGCCACCUAUAAGCAUCAUUUAGUGUGUCUUAUCCACAGUUUAAAAAAUUCACAUCAUCUAAAACAUUUUGCUUCAAUCAAAUCUUUAGAUUUUCUUUUAAAUCAUCUGAAAGUAUUAAAAUAACAUAGUGUUUCUGUGGGAUUUAACUUUUGAAGACAGCUAUUCAUGACAAAUCAUGAGAACAAUGUACUAAUUUUUAUUAUAUAUUCAGUAUUUUGUAACUUUAUCGUCCAUGACAGUAGUGAGAAUACACAUUUUGCAAUGACUUGGGAGAAACCUAUUAUAAAAUGCCACCUUGUGAUUCAUUACAGGACAUUCACAUGAUCAAGCAAAAAGUUGUAUUCAGAACCUUAACAAUGAACACCAUCUAUCUUGGAGAGAAAUGAGCAUACAAAGAAGUCUGAAGGGGUGAAGCUCAUAUGACUAUAUAUAUUACUGGUAUUUUGUGCCCAAGUUAUCAUAUGGACAGCUAAUUUUGGAUUUCAUAAAGGUGCAGAAGUAAAGUUUUUCUUGUAUCUAUUUUUAUAAGCAAUAUAACUAUCUAUUGUGUUUUUA